GUUUUAACCGCACGGCCUUCUAUUAGAGCGUGUCAGCUAGUGCACUUCAUGCGGUUUGGGACGUUUCCCUCUCAGCAGGUUGACGCUGCUGCUCCGGGAAGUUGGCGUUGAGGUGGAUCUGAGGAGGAUGUGGGCUGAGCAGAAGCGAGGGAUCCACGUCACGCAGGAUGAGCUGCUCUGCAAAGAUGGCUGCGGGUUUUACGGCAACCCGGCCUGGCAGGGAUACUGUUCCAAAUGCUGGAGAAAGAGGACACGCAAGGCUGAAACCAGCAAAGAGGAUCGUGGGCUCCACGAAGAUGGAAGAUCCCAGAAUAACGUAUCUAAAACUGAAGAGAAGAAAAAUGCUGAGAAGGGUAGACGGUCCAGCUCUAUUAUGCGACUCUUCUGGGGCAGUUCUUCACAAGAGUCGCCUGAAAGUGAGGAUGUAGCCCUGAAGGCCUUCCAGAGCCUGGAGCCUGGUGAUUUCCCUGGAUUCCUCAAACUGCUGCGCAAGCCGCCUGCACAACGUCUUCAGUCAAGCUGCACAGCCUUCCUCAACACCAUCGAGGCUUACCAAAAUCUGCCUGUACAGAAGCAGUCGGACCUGGUGCAGGAUUUCUACCAGAGUAUAUCUGUUCACUUCGAUGGUCUUCCUGAGGCACAGGCUUCUCAGAUGAUGGAACACGUCGAGAAGUUGAUCAUGACUCGUUUCCACAAGUGGGUCUUCUGCCAUGACAGCUGUGAUGACGAACAGAAGGAUCUAACACUCCAGAGAAGAAUCAAGUCUUUGAACUGGGUCACUCCUGAGAUGCUGCGUGUGCCUUUUCCAAAGGGAGGCUCAGACACCAGCGACCCAUAUUUACCUGCAAUAACAGCCAUCAUAGAGAUGGAUGCCAAGCGUGCGCCUCAGGACAAACUGGCUUGUUUGUCCAAGUGCAGUCAGCAUGUUUUCCAAGCGCUUGCCUCAGAGAACAGGCAGCCGGCGAACGCAGACGACUUCCUGUCCUCUCUGAUUUACGUCGUUCUGAGGGCCAACCCGCCUCGUCUGCACUCCAACAUAAACUACAUCGUCCGCUUUGGUCUGCCGCACAGCCUGAUGGCAGGGGAGAGCGGCUACUAUUUUACCAACCUGUCAUGCACUGUUGCCUUCAUUGAGAAGUUGGACGGCCCAGCUCUUAACCUCACCCCGGAGGAGUUUAACAGUUACAUGCAGGGCCGAAGAGCAUCGUCCGUGCCAGCAGAAAACACCGGCCAAAGGAAAGCCCAGGAAAACCGAGAGCAGCUGGAAAAACUGAAGACCCGCCAAGAGAAGGUUGACCAAGGUGUACGUGCUCUUCAGGAGCAGCUGGAUCUGUGGGUACGUUCUGUGCAGGACCAGAUCGAUGAAGUCAGGGCUCAGUCAGUGUUGGUCCUCAAAGACGACGGAGCUGAAGCUCAGCCUGGAGAGACCGUGUGCUGAUGGUUCUUUAUAGAAAGCACUUCUGUUUUGUUUGUCAGUGUGCUGAACCUGCACUGUUGGGUUAAAAGAGAUACAGGUAAGAAGAAUUUAAACAGAAGACGGUACAAAAUCUUCUCGUUUCUGUUAUUUUGCACUGAUCCUGCAAUCCUGAAUUUGCCAGAUUGAAAAAUUUAUUAGCACUGUAUUUGCACUCAUGACUUGCAGUCGUCUAAAUAAAAUAUCCAAUGAAGGACCAGUUUUUUUUUCCAGCAUGUGGACAUGUUGGUGAACGCAGAUUUCGUCACUGUUAAAGAUCAGUUUGGACACAGUAAUUUUUUAUUUUUUUUUCCUUUUCUGCUAAUGCAGCGCAUGAAAAAAUGCCAUGCUCUUGCAAUAUCAGUAUUACAGUAUUGCAAUGACAAUUAAAAACUGAUAUAAUGCACUAAUUUAAGAUGCCUUAUCUUGGACUUUCUUCAACAAUCUCUCUCAUUUUAAGUCGGGUAUCUUCUGUAGUUCUUUAACAGGGUCUCAGGGCUUCGUUUAUACACACAGGCCAUGGCUCUUUAGCUAUCAUUGGAUCAGUUUCAUCAGAGCAUUUUAGCUCCUGUUUCUUGCAGGUUAUAGUUUAAAGCUGUUCAUCAGGGAAGAGAAGUUAUUACUGAGCACAGCAGGGUCCUCAACAGUGUCAUCAGUGAGAAAUAUGGAAGGAAGGAGUAAAUACUCCUGAUUUAAACAACACUUUUGAGGAAGAUCACAACAAGCAGCUCAGGUUUAUGGCAGUAAGUUCAUAAGCUUUAGACUACGCUAAAUGUAACACUAAAACCUUGGUGCUGUAAUACUACUAAACUCUCAUUAUAUUGUCCAACAUCCGCUUAGAAGCAGAAUUAUAAACACCAGAAAUCACUGGAAAGCUAUGCAAAUAAACACUUGAAGAUCUGGGUACAGAGUCCCCCUGAGUCCUGUGUUAACUGUAUUAUGGAGGACUGGUGGAUUUACUUGAUGUUUUUGAAAAACAGUACUAUUAUGAAAUUUUCUUCUGGCAAAUUAACUUCUUUAACUUUGUGUAGCUCUUGACAAAAUUUCAUUUUCUGUUUGUUUUUCUGAUGUUACAUUUUCUGUUUUCUGAUUUAUUUUUCUUUGGUACAAAAGAAACCCACAAAACAAGCAGAAACUGUCAGUUUGGUGCUGGCUGUAAUUGUGUAGAUGCAGUAUAUAUCUGACGUUGCCAUUUCUCUUCCUGUAAGCAGCGGCACGGUUUUUGUGAAUUGUUCUGAAAGAGCAGUGUGUGUGUACAUUCCAGUGUCUCAGGUGUGUGUGUGUGUGUGUGUGUGUGUGUGUCUCCAUGCUGUUCAUUUAGUGAAGUGUGAUGCAGUCUAUGCAGCUAUAAAUGAAGAUCUUUUGAAUUGUACUAUGAAUUGUAGCUGUUCUCUCUCGAUUGAAGUUGUUUAUUUACCUGUUUAAAAUAAAGAAAUGGAGGAAGAAAAGAAAUAAAUGUGAAAAUUAAAGUUCUAAAUAAAACGAAUGCC